UGUGCAGUAUUAGUUCUUUCUUUAGUUUCAUUUUGGUUUGUAUAAGUAGUUCAUGUGUGACACCUUGUGGUGAAAAUCGUUAUUACAAUACUCAGUAGAACGCAACAGGAAGCUCGUAAAACAGUAGAAGAAGAGUCGUUUUCUGUGAUCUGCGUUUUAGAUGCUGUCUAAUCCUUGGAGUAGAUACGACCUUUUACAGUAAAGUAAAGUGCAUCACAUAAGCACAACGAAGAACGUGUGAUGAAGCUUUAUUCCUGUUAGCUAUCUGUCAGUCUUUGGUUUAGAACACCAUUGCCAGGGCAGAAUAGUAAAAGGUCGACUGCACAGCGGGUGAAGACAAACAAUCAGGAUUCCGUCCAGCUUACAUGUAAUACUACAUUAUCAAGAUGGAUGAGUCACAGCCUCGCAAGAAACAAGAGGAAGUUGACCAACCUUUAGAAACAAGAUCACGGUCAAGCAGAUCACGUCGUUCGAGUAGAUCUUCGGCUAGUGCAGCUGCGACCACAGCAAGAGCUAAAGCAGCCGCAUGCAAAGUAAAGGCCUCUUAUGCCGAAAAGGAAGCCAUCAUGAUGAGAGAAAGAGCUCAAAUUGAAGAGCAUCAACAGAAAGCACUAGCUGAGACAGCUCGCAGAAAAGCAGAAGUUGAAGCUGAUUUAUACGUGUUACAACUGCAAAAAGAAGCUGUAGCAGCAUCUACAGAGGCAGAAGUUUAUGAAGCUGCAGUUUAUGAAGAAGACGGAGCAAGUGUCGAUCUAGAAAAAGAAUCAUGCAUCUCAAGUAGAAUUGAACGCACAGAAGAGUAUGUGCAGAAACAUUCUCAGCAAAGAAAUUCUCCUAAUUUGACUCCUAAUUCACAACAUGAAAGUGAGGGUUCAAGUUAUGUGACACAGAGUUAUGUUGCAGGCUCACUAAGUUCUCUCCCUCCAACAGUGAAGGAGGAAUUGAAUGCAGAGACAAUUCCUAUGAAGCAGGAACAGACAACUCGGCACAACUUCCAGUGUUCUCGUUCGAAUGUAAAAGUUGAGCCAUAUGAUGGAGCUGAUGAAGUAAAGCAUCAAAAAUAUCCAGUACGAAAGCAACGUGACUCCUGCCUGCCCUCUCAAGUUCCUGCUUUACUCCAGCACCACCAUCACCUCAUGCAAACGACUUUACUACAUAUUUGCUGA